AUGAGUAUUUUCUAUAAGUCCUGUCGUAGCAUUGACGUUGUGCAACUGAGAGGCCUCAUAUUCCGCACAAUGGGCGAUGUGAUUUUGCAGCACCCAGCACUAAGUGCCAUCCCUGUGGACGAGGAUACGCCUUCGCCUUAUUUUGCUAGACUGCAUCAUAUCGAUCUUGCUAAGGCAACAACGUUCUUAACUUCCCCAAAAGUAUUUAAUGAGGAGCUUGGGCCUGGAGAGCUCAACCGAUUGUUGGAGGAACAGCAUAAUGCAAAUUUUCUGCCCUUCAGGCCUGAUAUUCCGGUAUGGAGGCUAGUUAUCGUCCACGAACCAGAGAACGGCUCGAAGUUUAUUGCCUGCUUCGUGUACCACCAUGCGAUCGCGGAUGGAACUUCGGGGUUUGCGUUCCAUAGGUCCUUCCUCACGGCUCUUUGUGAACACACACAAGAAAUCCAAGCCUCGAGAGUGAAUAUGAGAAGCUCCGAGGCAGAGCAAAAAGGCAUCCAUAUUGUGCCGACAUCAGAAAAGGCUCUAUGUCAAAGCCUCGAAGCUCUACACCCGCUUGGACUUUCAACGUCUUUCAUUCUGAAAUCCUUAUGGAGGGAAUAUUUCUCCAAACUUCCUCCUCACUUCUGGUCAGGACCAAAAAUCACCGUGGACGCGUGCCGCCAAAGAAGUCGUUUCCAAUCGAUUCAAUUCUCGCAACACAUCACGCAAAAUCUGGUCAGAUUGUGCCGAUCUCAAUACACAAGUGUUACUGCCGCUCUUGAAGCCGCACUAGCCGCAGCAGUAUUCACAGAACUUCCAUAUAAUCAAUAUGAUAGACUGCGCGUCGACGGUGCUGUGUCUUUGAGAAGGUGGUUGCCGGAGGAAGUCGUUGAUGAAAACUCCAUGGGUAACUGGGUCUCUCGGUACCUCGAAGAGCACCGUCGUCCACAGCACAAUCGCCCAACUGAAACAACAGAUGCUCUAGGCCUGUUCUCCUGGGAUGAAGCAAGGAGGAUCAAGGCCACGAUAGACUUAGAGCUUGCAAAAUGCGGUAAAGAUAGCGUGGUCGGCUUACUGAGGUUUGCCGGCGACCUUCACAAGUACUUCAAGGGGAAAGUAGGUGCAUCCAGAGAAGAGAGCUUUGAAUUCUCAAACGUUGGAGUGUUCCAGAGUGGCCAGCAAAAUGCUAGUAACAGGCACAGUUGGCAGACAGGUAGGGUCGUCUUUAGUCAAAGUGCGGAUGUAAUAGGGGCUGCGUUUGAGGUGUCUCUCGUGACUGGUGAGGACAUGUGCCUCAAUAUCGGCUUCUCGUGGUUAGAAGGGGUCGUCCAAGAGCAAUGGAUGGGAAAGGUCAUACGCACUUAUGAGCAUUUGGUUGAUACAAUUGUACUGAGUAACCAUGGAAAGUAA